UCUUUGCUGAGCAGGAGCAGCAGCAGCAGCAGCAGGGGCCAGGCCUCACGCCACAAGGGCCGGCUGCAGUGCGGGAUCCCGGCGCCAUGGGCUUGGCGGUCCACCUCCUGGCCUGCCUCCUGGGCACGGGCUCGUGGGUGGCCAUCAACGGCCUGUGGGUGGAGCUGCCCCUGCUGGUGCCCAGCGUGCCCGAGGGCUGGCUCCUGCCCUCCUACCUCACCGUGGUCAUCCAGCUGGCCAACGUGGGCCCGCUGCUGGUCACCCUGGCGCACCGCUUCCUGCCCGGGCGGCUGAACGAAGUGGGCCUCAUCUACGCCCUCCUCUCCCUGGGCGGCCUGGCCUGCCUGCUGCUGGCCUUCUUCUGGGGGGAGACCCGCGUGGUGGGGGGCGCCCCCCGCAGCGUGGCCCUCCUGGCGCUCCUCUUCUGCCUGGCCCUGGUGGACUGCACCUCCUCCGUCACCUUCCUGCCCUACAUGCGCCGCCUGCGCCCCCCCUACCUCACCACCUACUUCGUGGGCGAGGGGCUGAGCGGCCUGCUGCCCGGGCUGGUGGCCCUGGGGCAGGGGGUGGGGGUGGCCCAGUGCCUCAACGGCAGCCAGGCGGAGGGCAACGGCACCCGGCUGCAGGCGGCCUACCAGGCCCCGCGCUUCUCGGCCUGUGCCUUCUUCCUCUUCCUCAGCGGGAUGAUGGCCGUCAGCCUGGCCGCCUUCGCCCUCCUCAACCACCUCCCGGCUGCCAGGCAGGAGCGGGCCAAGGAGAAGUACCAGGCACGGCUGCAGGUCGAGAGCCCCGGCGGCCCGCGGGUCACGGUGGAGGAGGGGGCUGUGGCCCACCGCCCCUUCCCUUCCAGCGGCCGCUCCUGGGCCCAGACAGCCUACGUCUUCGGGGUGCUGGCCUGGGUCAACGCCCUCACCAACGGCACCAUGCCCGCCGUCCAGUCCUACUCUUGCCUCCCUUACGGGGACCUCGCCUUCCACCUCUCGGCCACCUUAGCCGCCCUGGCCAACCCCCUGGCCUGCUUCCUGGGCAUGUUCCUGCCAAACAGGUCCCUGGUGCUGAUGGGGAGCCUCACCCUGGCCGGAACCCUCCUCGCCUCCUACAUCAUGUCCAUGGCUGUGCUGAGCCCCUGCCCACCCUUCUUGCACCUGCCUGUGGGGGUCAUCCUCAUUGUGCUGUGCUGGGUGCUCUUUGUGGGCAUCCUUUCCUACGUCAAGCUGAUGAUCGGGAUGAUCCUGCGGGACGAGGGGCACUGUGCCCUCGUCUGGUGUGGGGCCGUGGUGCAGGUGGGCUCGAUGGUGGGGGCCCUCACCAUCUUCCCGAUGGUCAACGUCUACGGCCUCUUCCGCUCGGGGGACCCGUGCCACAGCAGCUGCCCCAGCUGAAGGGGGCCACGCAGGGGCAGAGGCGGUGCUCCCGGGCGGACCCGAGGGGCUGCACCGCAUCGUCCGACGAGAGGUUCCGGAAGGGCUUGCCAU